AUGAAGCCUCGAUGGCGCGGCUACUGUUGCUGGAUGCUGACCACGACGACGGUGGCCGUCCUCCUGCUGGUGGCGGUGGGCCACACCGGGGCCAACGGCCAGUCGAUAACCGAAAUCAUCAAGGACGAUCACCUGGAGGGUCCGCACGUGUGCAAGGAAGUAGAAAACUCCACUGUCACGAUAACGAUACCGCGCGAGGAAGCGUACCAGGAGCGGUACCAGAAGUGGUGCCUCGGCAUACCGCCGCGCUGUUCCGCGUACCGGAUCAAGAUCCGGACGGUGAACGAGACGACCACCAUAAUCAAGCAGCAGAUCGUGAAGAAGUGCUGCGUCGGCUACACACUGUCCGAAGACGGGAUGCGCUGUGUGCCGGAGUGUAAGGCGGGCUGCCGGCACGGUCAGUGCGUCGAGCCGGAUUACUGCCGGUGCGAGCAGGGAUACGCAGGGAAAACGUGCAACAUCCAAUGUCCACCGAAUCUGUGGGGAUCGGAUUGCUCGCAGCGGUGCAAGUGUACGAACAACUCGACCUGUAACGCGGCCGACGGUAGCUGCUGGUGUCAGCGUGGCUUCAAGGGUCAGUACUGCGAGGAGACGUGCGCCAGCGACCGGUUCGGGCAGGACUGUGCCGAGCGCUGCCAGUGUCACAACGGUGGCAAGUGCGAUCACGUGUCGGGCGAGUGCUACUGUGCCGCAGGCUUCACCGGACCACUCUGCACCGAGAGCUGUCCUGCAGGGACGCACGGAGCCCAGUGCCAGUCCAAGUGUCGCUGCCAGAACGGUGGGACCUGCGAUCCAGUGACGGGUGAGUGUAUCUGCCCGGCCGGUUACACCGGGACGGUAUGCGCGAACCGCUGCCAACCGGGCCGCUACGGGUUGAAGUGUGCGGAGCGGUGCGAGUGCUUUAACGGAGCCGACUGUGACCGGGUGACGGGCCAGUGUAGCUGUGCGCCCGGCUUCAUGGGGUCCAAGUGUCUCGAUUCUUGCCCGCACAAUCGGUACGGUAUCGAUUGUAGCGAAACGUGCCGCUGCCAGAACGGGGCCACCUGUGACACGUCGGAUGGGCGGUGCACGUGUGCGGACGGGUGGACCGGGGCGGACUGUGGCCAGCGGCUGUGUCCAGCGAAACGCUUCGGCGCCAACUGCACCGAGCAGUGCGAGUGCGAAUGGAACAACACGAAAAUGUGCCACCCGUGGACCGGAAAGUGCCUGUGUCAGCCGGGCUGGAGCAACAGUGCCUGCGAUCGGCCGUGCCGCUUCCUGCGCUACGGCCAGGACUGCCAGCUGCCGUGCAAGUGCAAGAACUCGUCGCCCUGUUCGCACAUCGAUGGAACGUGUCUGUGUAUAUCCGGGUUCAAGGGAGACAACUGUGAGGAACCGUGCUCCAAUAAUACGUACGGUCAGAACUGCAGCGAACGGUGCCAGUGCAUGAACGGGGCCACGUGCGAGGGCGACUCGGGCAAGUGCUUUUGUGCGGCCGGCUGGCAGGGCAUCAAGUGUGACCGGCCGUGUGACGCGCAGCACUUUGGGUCCGACUGCCGGGAGCAGUGUCGGUGCGGAAACGCUGGCGUCUGCAAUCCGGUCAAUGGGCAGUGCAGUUGCCCGGCCGGCUGGACCGGGGAGCUGUGCGAGCAAAAGUGCUCGUCCGGUCGGUUCGGCCAGAACUGUGGCCAGGUGUGCGAUUGCCACCUGGAGAACACGCUGGUCUGCAAUGCGACCACCGGGCGCUGUAUCUGCAAAGCGGAUUGGGGUGGUAUUCGGUGCGAGAGUCGCUGUCCGCUCGGUUACUACGGUGAGAACUGCAACGAAAUCUGUACCUGCCACAACAAUUCGUCCUGCGAUCCGACCACCGGUGACUGUAUCUGUUCGCGUGGAUGGACCGGCCCGACCUGCAGUGAUCCGUGUCCGGCCGGCUUCUUUGGUCACGGGUGUCUCGAGAAGUGUCCCGGGGCGAGCGACAGUGGCAGUAGCUCGAAGAGCAACCGAACGUGCAAUCCCAUCACGGGCAAGUACAGCUGUCCGCCCGGGUACAUUGGGCCAACGUGCGAGCAUCCGUGCUCGUCCGGUUUCUUCGGACAGGACUGUCUGCAGACGUGUAGCUGCAAGAAUGGCGGCGAAUGUUCGCACGUCACCGGCAAGUGCCAGUGUCCGCCCGGCUGGACCGGGACGCGGUGCGAGAAGGCGUGCGAGGACAUGUUCUACGGGACGAACUGUAGUCAGCGGUGCAACUGCCACAACAAUGCCAAGUGCCGGAAGAACGAUGGAAACUGUAACUGCGAAGCCGGCUGGAUGGGCCACCGGUGCGAUGAGGUGUGCCCGGACGGGUUCUACGGCAAUCACUGCAUGAAGACGUGCGAGUGUCCGCCCGGGAACUUUGUGUGCCACGCGGCCAAAGGAUGCGUCUGCUCGACGGGCUACACCGGGAAGAACUGUGACGAGCGGAUGACGAACCGGUUCGUGCAGGAGCGGGUCGAUGAAGCCGGCAAUAUUGGCACGGUUUGGACGAUCGUACUGAUGGUGCUGUUUGCGACCGUAGUCCUGAUCCUGAUGCUGUACUACCGUCGGCGGGUAGCUAAUCUGCGGGCGGAGGUCAAUCACGUCGUCAACUACAUGACCCAGGAGCAACCGAGUCACUUUGACAAUCCGGUCUACGCACGCACCGGUUCGGGCCCGUCGGGCCCAAAUGGAAGCUGCCUGACGGCGGUGCCGCCGCUCGACGCACGCACCGGUUUGCUGCGCGGAGUGCUUCCGAACAGUCUGUGCUCCGUCCUGACGACCGGACACCGGCACACACCGAACCACGACAAGUACAGCUAUCCGGACAACAACGAGCAUGGCACGGAUAAGUCCUAUUCCAUUCACUACUAUCCGGAGCAGAGCCUGAAGAACCUGGAAGCGGAUCUGACCAAUCCGAACUACUACAAGGACCACGUGUACGACGAGAUCGGACUGAAGGAUUCGAUGGCCGACACCGAAUACGAUCAUCUGGACUACUCGCGCGCUGGGAGCUCCCAUAAAGCGCACUAUUUCCGCAUGCCCGACGAGGGCGCCGUCGGUGGCUCGCCCCUGGUGCCCAACGGAAACAUUGCGGCUGCCGGUGGCACGGCCGGUGGCCCACUGAUGACCCCCGGCGGAUCUCCGAAACCAAUCAACGUGAUCAACAAUCUUUCCGCACCGCGGUACAUGCAAACCGCGGCCAACCAAGCCGCCCCGUCGUCGUCAUCGGCGGCAGCGAUGGUGGUGACCGGCAACGAUCUCUCGUCAUCGUCAAACUCUUCGCCUACGCCACCGGAAUCGCCACCACCGCUCCCGCACCACCAUCACCGUCGUGACCACGAGCACGAUCGCACGAGUGGCGGUUCCAGUAGUUCCACGUCGACGACGGCCACACUCCACCUGGUGCCGGAAGUCGGCACCGACGAUGGUGGCAGUAUCUACGUGCCAAUGCUGGGCGGUGCCGGACAUGGCGCUGAGCCCGGCACCUCACCCAGCACGUCCUCCUCGUCGUCGUCGUCGGGCGGAGGAGGGACCAAGAUUCCCGAUCAUCAGCUCAACAUCAAGGAAUGAGUGUCGUGUUAGUUCCCCGAUUAAGUAGUUUGAUAAGCCGUUUUGUGCAUUUGCGUGUGAUAAUCGUCCCGAUAAGUUUCCUUUGCACCCGAAUCUUUCGUUCACCCGCCCAACUCCCUCCCCCUUCGCGUUCCUUUCAUCGUCCGGCACUGCGUAACGUGUAAUUGAACGUUAUUGAACGUCAUUAGGUAUCGAUUAGGGUUAGAUUAAGAGAACCAGGCGAAGGACCUUCGCCUCUCGCAUUCCGUGGUCCGCACCAGAGACAGAGAGAGAGCCUUCAUCGGAGCGUCCUGCGAUGAUCCGUACGAAUACACUUCAUAUCACCCAUCACAAACAAACGCCAUUGCCGUGGCCAGUGGCCAGCAGCAGCAGCAAGGGUCAGCAUCUUAGUAGUGUGACUAGUAUUUUUUGUGCGUAGUUGUGCGGUGGAAGCUGCCGCUCAAAGUGCGGAUCGUGCCAAAAGUAGGAAAAAGUGUAGUACCGAUUGAUUGUAAGGUAAGCGAAUGAUAAGAAUAGGUAUGAGGUAGGAAUGCGCGACGUAGAAAAGGGAACCCCCAAAGGAGCGAAUCGAAACCGGUGUAAAGUACGGUAAACGCAACACGUACAGAGACAAGUGAUACACUAAAACAGGCAAAAAGGAAAGAUUAUGGAGGAGGAAUGGAGGCCUUUGGCAACAUUUUAAAAUCAUUCAGAUUCGGAUUCGUGUUGAAUAUUUAUAUAGACUUUUACUCUUGUUCUCAUUAUUGCGCGCCGAUGGUCGAUCCUCGGUCCUGGGCCAGACCAGAGUUACGUUGCCGGUGACUGGCACUGUGAAGGCGCAAUAAUCCGUAAUUUAGAUCUCCGUUAGAGUGACCCAUCCGUGAGAAAUUGAUGUGGAAGGGUCCUUCGAACUCGUCGUCAUUCGAAUUCGCUAGCUUAUGUGGUACCCUUUUUACUGAAAACUAUAUCUAACGUUAGUGGCAAAGAAAACCCUAUUCACAAUAAAGCAUAAGGGAUCGUCAAGAAGUCUGAUAACAAAACAGUAACCGAUCAGCAUUUGAUAAAAAGCAAUAAAUUUUACUAUUAAACUAGGUGGGUGCGCCCGAGAAAAUAUGAUGAAAGUGAGAAACCCCGCAAUGGUCAAAAAGCAAAUCUCUAAACAGUGUUAACUAUUUUC